AAAUACCAUAAUGCAUCAUUUUAUCAUACAAUAACACGUAAUUGUUUAAUGGCACUUUCGAAACUAGCUAAUCCUUUGUAAACGGACUGAUAAUAUUGCAGAAAUAUUUUACUAUUUGAGUAGUUUAAACUUUUCAAAAUGAUGCAAAACAGUCCAAGUUUACCAGAAAACUUAGAGAUUAGAGUUUAUAAAAAAAGAUGGUACAUCUUAAACAUUUUCUUUUAUUAUUCUUGUAUAAAUGCAAUCCAAAUGACCGAAUAUGUAAGCAUAACAGAUAUAGUUGCUAAAUAUUAUAACGUCAGUACUUUUGCCGUUGAGUGGACGUCUUUGUGCUAUAUGGUUCUAUAUCCUGUAAUGGUUGGUCCAGCUUCAUAUAUCAUAGAGAAAAAGGGUUUGAGGACAGCCACGUUAAUAGGAUGCGUUGGAACUGCCAUAGGAACAACAAUCAAACUUUUCUCAAUAGAUCCAGGGAAAUUUUGGGUGGUGAUGUUGGGCCAGAUAACUAAUGCUUUUUGUUUGGCAUUUAUUAUGUCUCUUCCACCGAAGAUUGCUGCACAGUGGUUUAAAUCUAGUGAGGUAUCACUAGCAUGCGCUCUAGGUUCCUUGGGUCCCACUAUGGGUAAUGCUAUAGGAUAUUUGCUGACCGUGUCAAUAGUUAGAGACAGUGGAGAUUUAUACCUGGUUGGCAAAAGCUUAUCGUACCUUUGCUGGUGCCUUACUGUAUUAAUGAUUCCCGUUACGUUAUUUUCAGUCUUUUAUUAUCCAGAAAAACCAGACUUUCACCCAAGUAUAGCUCAGUAUAAAAAAUUUGUCGAACAUCGUAAAACUACUGGCAGUAGACUUGCUGUAUUUAAGUCUUUGAUUUUUACCAAAGGUUUUUUUAUUCAUCUUUUGGUAUAUGCUAUCAACAUAGGGGUACUUUCAACCAUUAUGAUCCUUAUCAGUGAGUUUGUUAAUGUUUAUUUUGAGAACUCGGCCGAACAUGGAGGCAAUAUGGGCUUUUGUUUGCUGAUUUUCGGCAUAUUGGGAUCCGUAAUAUUCGGAUAUAUCCUAGAUAAGACUCAUAAAUAUAAGGAGGUGAGCGUAGUGAUAUGCUUAGCAUCAGCAGCACUAGUAAUGCUUCUUCUGGUAGCCUUUGAAAGAGGUUUACUAGUUUUUUCUUACAUUAUUUGCAGCAUCUUUGGAAUCUUCAUCAACUCAUUUAUACCAGUAGGAUACGAGUUUGGAAUAGAGCUAACAUAUCCACAAGAAGAAAGUACUGUAGCAGGAGUCCUGUUUGGGGCAUCCCAAAUUGCCAGUGUCAUUUUUGGUGUCAGUGUUACUUAUAUCAACAUGAAUUUUGGACCUUUUUAUGCCCUUAUAAGUUUAGUAAUACUAUUAUUAAUUGGAAGUUUAUUGGAAAUAUGUGUUCCCAAUAGGCUCGAGAGGCAAGAGGUUUUCAAGAUUGAAAGAACAGAAGUAAUGUAAUGAUUUAUUUCAGUAAUAUAAAAUUCAGGCAAUUUA